AGUUUAAGUUUUCUAAACUCGAAAGUGCAAUUUGAUUAGCAGUGGCGAGGCGAGGCGAGGAGCAGCGUAAAGCGGCGAGCGAAGCAGACAAAUCAAGAGGCAGUAGAAAGAGAAGAAUGGUUGAGUCCGUUAAAAUUAACGACUUGGAACUCACCUUAAAGCCUUUCUAUCGCAGAGCUUCUGAAGCUGAGGAACGCUUAUCUAGACUCGAAGCUGCCAUCAAUAGUAAAAAAGAUACUGGGAAUGAGGAGCACUUGAAAACGGUAAAUGAUCUUCAGUCAAAGUUAGAAGCUGCAAAUGCUGAGUUAGUUUCAGAAAAACAAAAGGCUCAGGUGCUUGCUGCAGAAAACGAAAAACUUCAAUACCGUAUAAUUCAUCUUCUGCGAUCACUCAAGAAUGCUAAUCUGAAAUUAGAGCAAGUUAAAGCGCGGGAACAGCUGGAGAGCUUGAAAUUGCAAGAUUCUUAAAACGAUGAGCUUAAAUAGGUUAUUGGUUGUUUGUAUUUCUCUCUUUUUAUGGUCAAAUUGUUUUCUGUAUUAUUGAUGAUGCUAAAUAUGUUUGGCUUUGUUGGUUUUAUAACUUCAGAAUUCAGAUUUUUGUUUGUCUCUUAUAUUACUUACAAUAGACAUCAUAAUAGACACUUAAAUACUUCCAAUUUA